AUGUUGAAACUAUUGCUGGGUCUUUUCAUAUUGGGUCUUCAUCCACAUCCAGACAAUGGUUUGGACGGAGUCGAAUGGUAUCGAAACGAAAUGACUAAAACAGUGAUACCUCUCUACAGUACUGUCUAUCAAAUGCUGAACAAAGACAUUAUCGAACGUAUUUUACAUUUUGACGAAAAUUCAAGCGAAAUUAGUCUCAAUACUAAAGACGAAGUUAAUCACAAUCUGGAGGAUGAAGCUGUAGCAAAAUCAGAAGAAGAAAAAGAUAAUCACCAAUCUAAAGACGAAAUUCAUAGUAAACCCGAAGAACAAAGUGAGGAAGAAACAACUGAGAAAAUGACUACUGUCGAACAAGUCACCGAAACGGAUACUACUGAAAUUGAACAAAUGAGCGAACAGAUGGUAUCGGAUGAACCUUUUGAUGACAAACUCACCAUGAAUGAGCACAAUGCAAUAGAUAAAGAGAGCGGCGAGAGUAUGGACGGAUUGGCGACAACUGAAAAUCUAGAUGAUGAUAAGAAACUUAACUCAAACGAAUCAGAAGAUAUUGAAUCUGACAAAGCUGUCAAUACUAGUGAGCGUACUGAACACGCACCAGCUAUCAAUGUAGAGAACACAGCCGCAUCGUUUGUCCUACAAUAUGAUCAAGCCGAUAGUCAGCCGAGCCGAUUAAGAGGCCUCGCAAACGAAAUAAGCAUUACCGUCAAUAGUUCACAUUGCUCGUACCCUCCAAAAACACUCAAAAAACAGCUCAAAGGUCUUGUCUACUUUGAACUUGUCGUGAAUCCGCUCAAACAACUUGCUGAACAAAUGAUCAAAGAUGAAUUAAUGCAAUCAUUUAGUUUCACAACAUCAAAGAAUACCAUUGCUGCAGUUGAUCAAGUUCUCGACGGAUUGACUGAUAAACUAGAACGUUUGCCUGUUUUAGAUCAGAAAUCUUAA